CUGCAUCCUGUGGUGGUCAUAGAAGUGGAAGUUAUGCGGUUUCAAACUGAGCACUUGCUGUCCUGAGGAAGGAACACAUUUGACUAGACCGUAUCUUCUGUAAAGAUGUGCUGCACAUCAAUUCAUCUCCUCAUUGGUGCCUUACUUGUCUUUGCUGUUGAAAAUGAGGCGACAGCCAUGAACGUCACAGAAAAUGCCACAGCUCCAGUUUCAGUGAAUACGAACAAGACCAGCCAGUUCAAAAUGGACUCUACCACUCCAAGCUUCAAUUCCAAGGUGCCAAACCAGGUGGAUGUGAAUACCACAUCAGGAUCGCCUACUCCACCGCCCCAAGAACAUCCGCAGACCAAGAAUUACACCACAUACAAUUCUCUGAAGAACGUUUCACAAUCAAGCCCAAAUAAUAUGAGCAGAAACGCAACUACUAGCAAAACAACCACAGUGCAAACCGUCAAAACGAGUGGGCCAACGUCAUCUACCAAAAGCAAGGCAGCUUCUGCAGCACCAUCUGACAAAGGCCAGGGGAAAACAACUUCUGCAGCACCAUCUGAGAAAGGCCAGGGGUCAACAACUUAUGCAGUUAUCUUUAUUAUUGCUCUUCUGGUUCUCGCUGGGGUAAUAGUUUAUUGCUGCCUUACAAAGAAAUCCAGGAAGUACUCUGUGGAGUUACAUCCCAAACACGAAGAUGCUCAGAUCCCUCUCAGCACAGUGGAUGCAGAGGUGUUUGACACCACAUCAGUCAAAGAUAUGCAAACGUUCUCUCCUGUCGAGUCCACCGAGCCGCUUAAGGACCCUGCGCCUGAAUCUGAGAAGCCUGAGGAAGAGAAAGAAUCGACUGAUGUUAAACAAGAAAACCAACAGAAAUUAUCCAGCUCCCAGGCCCCAGAGAACCCAAAGGAUAAAAUGGAGGGGCUGACCGUAGUGGAUCUUACUGAUGGAGAGCCGACGAUCUCCACCAAAACCUCAAUGGAAUCCCUAGAUGAUGUUCUCAAUGAAAACAACAGCAACAAUACAAGGGUUGAAGUCAAGGGCAAUGGGCAUGAUUUCACUGAAAUCUCUAUUGAUGCUUAAUUUCUAAAAUUAAUCAGGUUCUUCCCAGCAUUUUACAAUGCUCUCUGAACCUGACUGAUGGAUUGUACUGGAACUGAAAGUAACAUCUGAACUCAAUUGUAAAUGAUGUGAGUCAUUGUUAGAACGCUUAAAGUGCUUAGAAAAGCAGAAAAGCGAUAUAUAAAUGUAAUGAAUUAUUAUUAUUAUUAUUAUUAUUAUUAUCAUUAUUAUUAUUAUUAGAACAGUGUUGUUUGAGUAUACAUAUAGCACUAAGAAAAGUCUGUAAAAACAGGGCUCAGUGUGAAUUUUAUAGUGAAUUUUCUGUAUACAUUUUCAAAAUCAAUUACUCAUAUUUUAAAAUACAUUUUGUGGUUUUAUGGUUAAAGGAAAUAUACAUAAACAUAAUGGAAAACGUAAUGGAGUUUCUGUUUUUCUGCAGAUUUUUGUUCCUACAUGGUAUUGCAAUUAGCAUAAUAGAUUUUAAUAUUUUAACUUGUUAAUUAUAAUUUUGUUGAUAAUUUUGUAAAUGUUGCAGCUUUUUAUUGUUGUUGGCUGCAUGUAAAUGAACAAUGUUUACUUUUUCUAUGUUAUUGCACCCAGAUAUCACAAUGUAUUUUCCAAGCAAAAGGAUGCUUGGAAAAUAACCAAAUAAUGAAAAACAUGUCAUUGUUAACAGCUCCAGGCUUUUUAAUAAAACUACAGAUUGGUCCCCCUCCCCAACCCCCAUUGGGAGUAUGUAUAUCAAUAUAUUACAUUGUUGAGUGUGGACUUUUAUGACAAAAUGUACAUUUUAACAUUUGUAUAUUUUAAUUAAAAAAUCAGGAUGUAAGUAAAGGAAAUCUUACCAGUGUUAUAGAGCUCACAGUUCCUCCAUUGUAUGUACAGUAUAUGUAUGUUUUAAUGCCUAUAGCUGUUAAAUGUUAAACAUAUGCAUCCACAUAAUGCAUCAUUUCUUUCUUUCUCUAUGUAAUGCUUUCAUUGUUGUAAACUUCCAUUUGACUUUAUGUUUCGGGUUAAAGCCUAGUUUUAUUAAUUUGUAUUAAGGUUUGUUUUCUUAAACUGCUGUAAACAACACAGUCUAAGAAAUAUACAGUAUAAGCCUACUGUUGUUUCUCCCUCUAUUAAUUCAUACAAUAAAAAUUGAUCUUGAUCAUACAUGUCAUUUAAUAUUACUUGUAGUUUACUUACAUCUUUUUCUUGAAAACAAGAAAAGUUGUGGUUUUUAAAUAAAAAUUGACUUUAAG